GUUACAUGUACAGAACAGACUUUCAAUAGCAGAUUUCAGGAAGUAUUUGCACAAGGUUUCUUGCCAAGUCAUACUCUCGCCAGUGGAAUUAUUACCUGCAGAUAUUGGAUCCAAGCAAAGACUGAGAAGCUAUAAUGGCCAACAGACGUGAGCGAGCAAAUUCAACAAGUGGCGAAACUCUCUACAGGAUUCUACAUUUGCCAAGAAAAUCUACGCCAGAAGAGGUUAAAGCAGCAUACAGAAAGCUGGCACUAAGAUAUCACCCAGAUAAAAAUCUGGAUGACCCUACGGCUGCUGAACUGUUCAAAGAAAUAAACAGAGCCAAUACCAUACUCUCUGAUGAAAAGAAGAAGCGUAUCUAUGACUCAUAUGGCUCAGUCGGGCUGCAAAUGGCCUCAAUGCUUGGGGAGGACGGGGAAAACAUCCUCGCCUCAAAGAAUAACUGCUGCAUAAAGUUUCUGGCCUAUUUCUGUACGAUCAUCACUUGCUGUUGCUGCUGUUUGUGUUGUUGUUUCUGCUGUGGCAAGUGUUUACCAAAGGCUGAUCAAACCAAUGAGAGCUCUGGAGACAUUCCCACAGAUGAAUCAAAUCCUAUCUUGGAUCAGCCAUACACCAUAUAUAGUGAAAACAGUCCAUUAAACCAGGAGUGUGAUAGCAGCUACAACGCAGUUAAAUAAGGAGAAAUGAGACAUUUGCUAUCGGUGGAUAUUACAGCCCAGGUCAACUUAUUGAAGACUUAGUAGAACUUUCGAAAUAAGUCAUUAUUUUCAAAUGUUUACGGCACAGAAGGGAGUUUAAUCACUGCGCAUUCUAUUUGCCUUUCUGUUUAAUACUGAAUUAUAUGUGAAAAGGUAUAAACAUACUCCCUCUGCCAAGUAAACUUUGUACUUUCACCUUCCUUGAAGAAACAAAACACGAGCAAAAUUCAGGAAAAGUAAAUCUGUGGGAAUUUCCUUCCCAAUUCCUCAGGUUAAUCAAACAAAUUCCAAGGGAUAUGAUUAAACAUGCUGCACCGUUAAAAAAAACCUCCUUAAUUCUCCCAAAAUAUCACCUAAAACCUACAGCACAAAAACAAGCCAUUUGACUCAAUUGAUCUAUGCCAGCAUUAAUGGUCAAUAUGAACUACCUUCCAUUCCAAUAGCCUCUUCCCAAUCUGGCCAUAUCAAUAUACUCCAGCAUCUCUCAUGUACACAUUAAGCUUCAUGCAUCAAUGUUCUCUGUCUUAUCCACUCCACCAGAUAGGGAGUUGGACGUUCUCACCAUUCCCCCUAUAGAAAAGAGAGAAAAUAUAAAGUUGUUAGGUGGUAAUCUACUUAAGCUUGAAUGGAUUUUUUUAAAAAAUGGCAAUAGAUGAUGUUAUGUCUCAUUUCCCCUAAAAGUGACAGAGCCAAUAUAGGUUCAUGAUCCGCAUCCCUUUUCCGUCAGUCAAUCAAUCCCAAACUCAAUUAUUGUUCUCAUGAGUGUAGCAUCAAAGAACAAUGAAGGUCUCGGGUUGGAGAAGGUCAUCAGAAUGCUCCCAAGUGUCACGCACUUCCCAUAGCACAUUAUCCUUCCUACCCUUCAACCCAUGUGCCAAAAAUGUGCCACUACCCCUUUGAAAUUUGUAACAUUCCCCAUUUGCAGUACUCCCUGGCAGACCCUCAGCCCAUGCACCUGGCCUGAGAUUGCUCUGCACUGUACCUGAUUGUAAGAGUGUAACGCUUUGAGUAAAUGAAUCUUCCUCUGCAUUGUGAAACUAAGGACAUUCUUAAAAACAGAAAACCCUGUGAAUAUUUAGGAACUGUGGGAAAUAAAUAAUUAAAUAAUAGCAUCUUUUGUACAAUUUGUAGCCAUCAAAAUAUUUGGCACUGAUUCUGUAGACUGGGGUCUUGAAGCAAUGCAGCCCCAAAUAGGAUUUAAUAAAUAAAAUCUGCUGAGUAAAAUAUUGAAAAUGACAA